UUACAACAACAACAAACAGAAUUGAAACAUCGUCUUACGGCCAAUGGCAAAAGUUCAGCUGCCGCCAAUGGAUUCCCCGCCAAGAAUGGUCAACCUUUAGUUUCGGCCGUCGAUGGUGAGGUGAAAAAUAUCGAACAGAAACACCAUGUCGAUUUGGAAGAGUACACCAAAAACUUCAAAGGCGAUCGUGUUUUUGGCAUCCAAUUUAAGGCACCGCUCAAGUGGGGUAACAUCAUUAUGAUCUCCCUGCUGCAUUUGUUCUUCGUCUAUGCCUAUGUCACAUUCCCAUUGGAUAAGCUGAGCGUUCCAUCGGUUCUAUUUGCCUAUUUAAUGGGUGGCAUUGUUGGUUUUGGUGUUACCGGUGGUGCUCAUCGUUAUUGGACUCAUCGUUCGUUUAAGGCGAAUUUACCAUUGCGUAUUAUAUUGAUGCUGUGCUAUACGGCAGCUGGUCAGAAUAGCCUCUACGAUUGGGUACGCGAUCACAGAGUACAUCACAAGUAUUCGGAAACCGAUGCUGAUCCUCACAAUUCAAAUCGUGGCUUUUUCUUUGCUCAUGUCGGCUGGUUGAUGAUGCACAAACAUCCUGAAGUGUUGAGACGUGGUCGUCAAUUGGAUAUGAGCGAUGUGUUGGCUGAUCCUGUUGUUCGUUUCCAUGAGAAAUAUUUCAUUCCAUUGAAAAUGUUGUGCUGUUUCAUUCUUCCCACUGUGAUUCCCGUCUACUUCUGGGGUGAGGAGUGGUACAUCAGCUUCAUUAUGCAGUGUGUGUUCCGUUAUGUGUAUUCGUUGAAUUUCACCUGGUCGGUGAACAGUGCCGCCCAUUUGUGGGGUACACGUCCCUAUGAUAAGCGCAUCAACCCCAGAGAAAAUGUUUUGGUUUCAUUCGUCGCCAUGGGUGAGGGCUGGCACAACUAUCAUCAUGUCUUCCCCUGGGAUUACAAAGCAGCUGAAUUGGGCAAAUACUCCUUGAAUUUCACCACUAUGUUCUUGGAUGGCUUCGCCAAGCUGGGUUGGUGCUGGGACCGUAAAGAACCCACAAAGGAUUUGGUUAAACGUACCUUGGAUAAAUAUGGUGAUGGUACCCAUCCCUCAGUCGCCGAUGCUGAACACGACCAUCAUCAUGAACAUUUGCCUGAGGUGCCCGAUCCAGAAUACGAAUGUGAUGAUGAUGCCGAAUCGUCGAGUACAGAGAGCACAAAAUUGGAUGAAAAUGAAAAUCUUUCAAAGAAAAUGAUUUUAGCUUAA